AUGACAAGUCAUCGUGAGCAAAGCAAAAAUUUAGAAACAUUUUCAUUAGUUUGGUUAGAUGCGGCUGUUAACGACUCAAUUGAAAACGUUGAAGCUCAACAACGUCUCCGGAAGUGUAUCAAUCAUUUGAAAACAUUUCAAGACGGUGAUGAAUGUAUACAAUACAUUCAGUCGCAGCCGAAAGAUCGAUUCGUUUUGAUUAUAAGUGGUCGUUUAGGACGUGACAUCGUCCCGCGAAUACAUAAUUUACGACAAGUGUAUUCUAUUUAUGUAUACUGCUUAGAUAAAGAACGAAAUGAACGGUGGGCGAAAAGUUACGCAAAAAUCAAAGAUGUGAUCAAUAAAUUAGGUGAAUUAGAGUCGCAAAUACGCACAAAUCACGAGCAACGUUGUCACAUCAAUAUCAACGAACCAUUACCAGUCACAUUUUUCUUAACAAAUUGUGACAACAGCAAAGAAGUCAAUGAAAAUUUUCUGUACUCUCAACUAUUAAUCGAAUAUCUUUUACAUAUUAAACCAAUAGCAAGUGAUGAAAAGGAGUUGAUCACUCUGUGUAAAAAUGAAUACAAAGGGAACGAUAGUGAAUUGAAUAUUCUACGAGAAUUCGAAAUUGAUUAUUCAUCCGACCGUGCGCUAUGGUGGUUUACACGCGAUACGUUUGUUUAUCGUUUGUUGAACAAAGCUUUUCGGAUACAAAAUCUCGAUCUUCUACUCAUGUUUCGUUUCUUUAUCCGUGACGUUCAACGAUUGAUCGAACAGAAUAAAUGUACAAGUUCACUUCGUGUUUACCGAAGUUAUCUCAUGUCCUCGGAUGAAAUUGAAUUAUUUAAAAGUUCGACUGGCGAGUUUCUUUCCAUCAAUAGUUACUUCACGACGAACAUCAAUCGACAACAAACACUUGAUUAUCUGUCUCAUGCGGAUAUGACCAGCGAAUUAGAGAAAGUUCUGUUCGAAAUCAGCGCCGAUCCGAAUACUGAUCCACAGAAACCGUUUUGUAACAUUACACCAUUUAGUUUCUUUAUGGGCGAAGAUCAAAUACUUUUCACCUUAGGAUCCAUCUUUCAUUUGAUUAGUGUUCAUCAACAAGAAGAUGAAAAUCAGCGAAUAUGGAUCAUUCGAAUGAAAUUAUCGACGAAUAAACAUAAACUUCUGAAAUUUCAUCUCGAACCAUUGAAAUUACUAUAUAGUACGGAACAGAUGGAUCUGCUGACGUUCGGUAAAGUUCUACGAAAAAUGAAUAAAUUCGACGAUGCCGAGAAAUUCUAUCGACGUUUAUUAAAAGAAUUGCCAUCGAAUCAUAUCAAUCUCGCUGAUUGUCACUAUGGUCUCGGCCUUGUUAACGAUGAAAAAGGCGAUUAUGAAUCCAGUUUAGAAUGGCACCAACAAGCAAUCGCAAUUCGUCAGCAAACUUUAAAAACCAAUGACCCAAACUUGGCGUGUAGUUACAACAGUAUAGCCAAUACUUAUCAAAAGAAAGGUGAUUACAGACACGCAUUGGAAUUUUAUAACAAAGCAUUAUCAGUCUGGAAAAAAGCCUAUGGUGAGAAUCAUCCUGAUGUUGCCAUGUGUUUGAAUAACAUGGGUUGUGUUUACGAAAAUGAAAAGAAAUAUUCCCAAGCACUGGAAUGUCAUCAAAAAGCAUUGACAAUCAAAAGUCAACAUCUACCCGAUGAUCAUAUCAAUCUAAGUGCGACACAUAACAAUCUUGCAACAGUCUAUGGUUGUAUCGGUCAGUUAGAUUCUGCAUUGGAACAUUUUACUAAAUCGCUGAAUAUCAAGUAUAAAGCUUUAUCAACGAACCAUCCGGACAUCGCUUUGUCUUUGAAAAAUAUUGGGUUAGUCUAUGAAAUGAAAGGUGAUUUUCUUCAAGCGAAAACUCAGUAUGAAAAGGCAGCAACAAUGCGUCGUUGUAUUUUACCGUCAAAUCAUCCCGAUGUCAUCCGAAUUGAACAAGAUAUCAAACGGGUCACAUCGAAAAUCCAAUGA